CCAUUGUUUCGUGGUUCAAUCCUGCUGCUCGCACUUGCAAUUUCAAGUCAGCUUCGCAACGGAGUUGAGAGGUGGCGCAAGACUCCUGGAUACUUUCCUAACGUUUGACACAAAAUAAAGAAAACGACAAUUAAAAUCAAACUCGCAGCCUGUGUUUUGGAUAGCCCGGUACAAGCGAAUUUAAGAUUGGUAAUCGUAGCAGCGUUGUAUAGAAAGAAAGCGGUGCAAAGACAGAAAGAAACUGCAUAUAUUCUGGUUUAACUGCGAAGGAACGCUUACAGGAAGAUGAUGCUUCAUUCACUGUUGGGUUUCUUUGCGCUCCUGCUGCAAGUUGAAGGCAGGCGCCCUGAAAUUAUCACCAGUAACAACAAUGGAAAUUCCUUGGACAAUGACAAAUGGUUGAGCACCGUCUCCCAGUACGACAAGGAUAGAUAUUGGAACAAAUUUCGAGAUGAAGUAGAGGAUGACUACUUCAAAAACUGGAGCCCCAGCAAGCCCUUUGACCAAGAGAUGGACAUUAGAUCGGGGAGGCAAGGAGACACAGGUCCUGCUUCCAGGGCAGCUUCAGCAAAAUGGAGAACUGAAGAAGCUCUGGAUGCCACGAAAGACCCCUGCCUGAAAGUGAAAUGCCCCCCACACAAAGUGUGUGUAAGCCAUGACUACCAGACGGCCAUCUGCAUCAACCAUAAGCAACUCAUGCACAGUAUGAAACCCAGAAGAGGAAACCUGGCCCACAAGUACUGGAUGGGAACAGGCAACCUAGCCAAGUGCAAGCCCUGUCCUGUGAUCCACCCUAGCCCUGUCUGCGGCUUAGACGGACACACAUAUUCUUCUAAGUGCAAACUGGAAUUCCAGGCUUGCUCUACAGGGAAGACCAUCUCACUGAAGUGUGAGGGACCCUGCCCCUGCCUUCCAGGCCAGGAGGUAAUCAAACCAAGAAAUGACAAAAACGGGCCAGAGAAGAUUCUUGCUUUCAGAAUGAGUGGUGCAUGCAGUGACCAUGAGCUGAGAAGCCUUGCCUCCAGGUUAAAGGACUGGUUUGGUGCCCUUCACCAAGAUGCCAAUCGAGAUCUUAAAACCACUACUGCCUCUGAUGCAGCACAAGGUCGGUUUGACACCAGCAUCCUUCCCAUAUGUAAAGACUCCCUAGGUUGGAUGUUCAACAAGCUGGAUAUGAAUUAUGACCUGCUCCUGGAUCACACUGAGCUUAGUGCCAUUUACCUGGACAAGUAUGAGCAGUGCAUGAAGCCCCUCUUCAACUCCUGUGACUCCUUCAAGGAUGGGAAACUCUCCAACAAUGAAUGGUGCUACUGUUUCCAGAAGCCAGAUGGCCUCCCAUGUCAGAAUGAAAUUAAUAGAAUUCAAAACCAAAGCAGACGGAAGCCCCUUGUAGGAGCUUUCAUCCCGAGAUGCAACGAGGAAGGUUACUUCAAGCCCACUCAGUGCCAUGGAAGCACGGGGCAGUGCUGGUGUGUUGAUAAAUAUGGCAAUGAGAUAGCAGGGUCCAGGAAACAAGGCAACCCCACCUGUGAGGAAGACCAGGAGACCUCAGGCGACUUUGGCAGCGGAGGAGCUGUGAUCCUCCUGGAUGACCAGGAGGAUGAACGGGAUCAGGCCAGUCGGCAGAAGGAGCGGAAGGUCAGAGUUCACCCACGAGGUGCCAUCGAGGAUGAUGAAGAUGAGGAGGAUGACAAAGAUGAUGAGAUUGGUUACGUCUGGUAGCUCUUCUAACACCUUUUCCAGGGACUCUCAUUUAUUGCACAGAUCUGAAGCCAUUCCACAGUUACUUCUCUCUCAUGCUACGGAAAUGAAAAAAAACAACAGAUGUUCCCAUUAUCUUAGACUACAAUUACAACAGAAAAACAAGCGUGUUCUCCCUUUCCUAGCUAAAUUCUCUACAUACACCACACCUUUGCCUAUUCUGCAUCAGUACCAAAUCUGAAUGUUUUAUGGCAGAAGCUUCUUUUUAAAUUCGCUGGUGGGCAGAAAUUCUGUAGAUUUAAUGAGACUGAAAAAAACAAAAAUUAGAAACACAGUGAAAGUCAAACAUGAAGAUUUGUUUUUUGUAGUCUGAGAGAAGUUUGACUUUGACAUUGGUGAAAUACAAUGUGACCAGCAGUUUUUGUUCAGAGAUAAGGCAGAUGUACUGUAUAUGCUGGUUUCAGAAGGCUUUUGGCUUUUAAGGUGUGCAGUUUGAUCCCCAUAGAUUCUGUCAAACUAAAGCACAUUUGUUACAAUAAUGGCGACAUGUCUUAGUAGCAUUCUGUAAUGCUUCAUUGGUUUUUCUGCAACAUCCUUACCAAUUGUGUCAAAUUUGUGUUUUUCUUAUAAUUUGUCUAAUUAUACAGUACAUAACAAAGUCCCCUAUAUGGAAAGCUAUAAUUUUUAUGUGGAUAUUCAAAUCCUUUAAUUUAUAUACUUGUUUCAAACUAAUUUACAUCCUGUGUACAAUUAGGGUUCUUUGAAUUAAUGUAGCUCUUCUGAAUUAUUUUAAACUAAUAUCCCCACAUCUCCUCUGCUCAAGCUUGAUUCCAUUCAUCUUGUGGCUUAUUCUUUCAAUGAGAUUUUGUGAUUUGUGUUUUCUUUCCAAAAUAACUUUCUAGUCUCACACCAUCACUUUUGUUACUUUGUAUAGCACUUCAUUUCCAACCUGGUUAUUGUUCGUUCAAAAUGUAUCACAUUGAGAUAAACACCUUUUGAUUGUCAUAUAAUAAAAGAGAACAAAUAUUAGCAAAGUAAACCUGUGAGGGAAAAAAAAGGCUUAGUAACAAAAAGUAAGAAUAUAAAUUUAAAAUGAUUCAGGCUCUUUUGGUUGGUCUGCAUUCAUCGAUUUACCCUGAGUUGACAUGUAUUCCUAAUUUAAAGUUAAGCCAGGUCUUCAAACAUCUGACACAAGGCUUAGUUUACAAUAAGGAGUUUUAGUUGUGUUAAAUUUAACUAAGUCAUCCUCUGGGGUUCAUGAGCUUUUGUUAUGACUUGCGUCCACAGUUCUCAGUUUGUCUUAUUGAUUUUUCAUUGAUUGCUGUACUGAAUGUCAAGCAGUUAUAAAUAUGAAAGGGUCUGGAUCCUCUUUUUUUUAAUCUUCAGGCAUCACAGGCUAUUUUGAGACAGAUAGUUAUUUUUAGGUCAGCUGCAUUUUUGCAGAUUAGAGACACAAUAGAUAUUAUCAUUUGUAUCAAGAUAAUUUAUUUCUCCAACAGUCUCUUGCAUGCCCACAGCCCUUGGCACCAAGUAGUUGAAUUAACACAUUAUGAUACAUACUCUAUAUACAGUACAGUACAGGUGGGAUAAACAUAGUGCAACAUAUGAUGUAAGCUAUAGAGUGUUUCCAUACAGUAGGAUAUUGAUAUUUUUCCAUCAAUAGUAAGGAAUGACUACUGUACAUAUAAUCCCCUUCUCAAUCAUGCAGAGCUGAACAAAUGGUAUGGCUUCCUGGAGGUUUUGAAUCCCAAUAACAGUUUUUUGUAUUAUGAUUUAUUUAAUACACACAUUUAUUUUUGUGGCUUUGCCUUAAACUCUGUUGUGGUAGACCCAUUUUAUGUUAUAAUCUUGUCCCUGUCAAAAGAGUGGGAUUUUGGCAUUCUAAUUUUAUUUCAGUACUUUUCUCUUGCAAAUAAAGGCAUUUGCUGCCUUGAAUUUAUUUGCAAGCUCCCUGUAUACUAAAUGAAUGUACUGUACGACUUUAAAAUGUGCCCGACUUUGUAUUCUCAUGCAUGUCCAGUAGUAGUUCUCAAGGUAAUUUCCAUUGGCCCUUCACCUCAGUGCUUUUAUGGUUUAAGAAAGAGGAUUAUAAAGUAAGUUUUAAGACAUGCACAAAAAGGUGUAACUUUAUUCGAGUAACUACUUAUACUGUGAGAAAAGAUUGUAUGUUAUCCUUCUGUUGAAGUCUGUCCUCUUUUUCUUUUUAAAGUCUUAAUUCUUUCAAAUGCUCUUUUAGCUGGUAAUUUUGAAAACUGCAGCAGAAUAAAUGACAGGGGAUCACUUCUUUUGCAAUAUUUUACAAUAUGCCUUUUUUCUCCCCUUUGUUUAAAUUAUUUUGUACAUGACAGUGAGGGCAUUUCAUGUGUCGCAAUUUUAAGGGGUACUCUUUUAAUGUGCUCUUUCAUGUGGAACAAUUAACACAAGUGUUGGUUUUCACAAGUUUGUACUGCUAAAUAGCACAGGAGAAGCUUACUGUGAAAUACUAGGAGCAUGACUAAAUAAUGUGCUUGCUUUCUUUUCUGUCUGUUAAAUUGAAUGUGAGCUGUUACUAAUUCUAAAAUAGUCAAUAGGAUUUUAUUUUUUAAAUACCAUAAAUUCUACAAUCAAACAAUUGCUUUGGAAAAGAACAUAAGAAUAUGUGUUUGAUUCAGUCAAUCAAUCUUGUUUUUCUGGAAUACAAUGCAGUGAAAGUUUGAACAGUGUUUGGCUAAUAAUAAAUAUGCAUCAAAAGGCAGAUGUUUGAGAAAACUUGCCAAAGCAUUGCACUGUUGAUUCAUUACAUACAGAAUGUACUGACAGUUGAUGAUAUGAGAUGAGUAAAUAUUCCCUUUAAGAGAAGAGCUCCUGGUUGGAGUUUUAAGGUUAACACGCAUACGGUUUUCCUAGGCCAGUCUGGUUCUGACUCAAACACCUGACACUAAUAUUUACUAACUGUCCUAGUAGUAAUUGCUAAGAGGUAUGCAAGAUAUUUUGUUAUUUGUUUGUUUGUAUGUUUCUUUUUUUAACUUUGUUAUAUGACCAGCAAUGCUUCAGUAAGAUGUUAUUUCUGAAUAUAUACAUAAGUUAUGAUUGCAGCUCAACUCAUUUCUUCACAAUGCAUAUCCCCCUCACAUGGUAUAAUCUUUUGUUUUCCCAAGAUUCACUGCAUUUUGACCGUGGGAGGUAGACUAUAUAUACUGAUGCACAUUUCAACAAAAAAUACACACUGGAAUAUAAACAAUGUCACAGAACAUAAAGGAAUUGUGACAGACUUUAGCUAUAAAAUGACAUUGGUAUGCAUUGUCAUGCUUAGUUAUUUUGGCAAAACUAAUUAUUGGACUUUGUUCUUAAAGCACUGAUGCAUAGACCUUAUCAGCCUCUGGAUAGACUGCUUUGGAAAGUUCUACCACUCUUCCUGUGGCAAAGGUUGGACUAUUGCAGCUGGUUUGAGCAAGGCAAAUGUCAGUGUAACACUCACCAUGACAUCUCACCAAGAAACCAAACAAGUGUUGUCUUCUAUCAGGUCAUUCAUGAGCGAAACAUCAUCCAAUCCUGAUUAAAACACUGUCACUCUCUUUGUGAUCACCUUAGGUGGCAUUUUUGUCACUCAGCUGUCAGCUAUACCCAUGACCGACUUAUGAGCACGCUGAUCAUUUUCAUGCAGAUGGCAGUCUACAGUUAUUUUGCUAAUGUGCAGGUUAUCUUCUUCCUUCUUCCUGGAAUUUCUUAUGUUACAGUCACUGCAGUCUGAAAAUCACUAAGCAGAUGGAUCAGAUGGAUGUGAAGUAAGAGCCUUGGCAAACUCUCCACCUUCCAAAAUGUGGCUUGUCACUCACUAUUCUGGUUCCCUAGUUUCUCCAAACUGUUCUGCUGAAAUAGAGUAUAAUAUUAGCCGAAUAUAUCAUUCUUCAGGCGACGUCUCUCUUGGACAAGCUGCCUUUAACCAUGCCAAUGGCAACAGGGAAAUCUUCAUUACUCUUGCAUUAAUUAAAAUCAUGCCUUUAAAUGACUAUUCAGUUUUUCUACAAACUCUUUUUGGCAAUUUUAACUGUUCUUUAAAAAGGAACACUGAAUAUCUGGUGUUUUCAUGAAAUUAUGUUACUCGAUCUUGUCAUUUUGUUAUGCCAAGGAAGAGUACUAAGCAGAGUCAAAAUGUCUUCUCACUAUUUAAAUUGUAAAUAAUUGUAUUUACAGUAUGUGUCCACUAAGCUAUUGCUAGAGUAUAGAAUGUUACAUUUUCAUUGCAUAUCAAUAUAUUUAAAUGCAGAUGAAGAAAUAGGCUGUUAUCUCAUUUUGGAUAACAUAGCUGCCAGCCACUAGUGUAUUAGUUAUAUGAACUGUAAAAUGUAUACAAAUACAACAGAUGUUCAUCUGAGGUGAAUCCUAACAUCAAAUUGUCCAGCAUACUUGGUACUCAGUGCUCUGAAGUAGACCCUCAGUUUCUCACUCACUCCAGUAGAACAUUUUUAAUCUGAAAGACAACAUAUUUAAUCUAUUUUUUUCCCACAAUAUUACAGAAACUUUCCUCUUUGACUGUAAUGGAAUAAAUUUAUUCUGAAAUUAUAUAAACAAUCCUGAUAUAGCUAUUAAAGAGUUAUUAAUGAGUUUUUGGAAUGUUUUUUUCUUUAAAAAGUGACUUUAGAACAGCAAAGAGUGAUCUAUCCACCAUGAAUAUGUUAUUACAUUGUUAAAUUAUCCUGCAAACAGUGAUUGUACAUUGUUUAGACUCUUACUCACAGAGUAUUUGGAAAUAAGCAAAGCUAAUAUUCCUUUGGACAAACUAAUAAUCUGUAAACCUUGCCUUUUCAUAUUAAGUCAUCAUAGUAAAUGAGUGUUAUUUACUUCUAUAUAAUUAUUCCUUGUUUGGCUAAGUUUGGUGUCUUGAGGUGUUACCGUUUCGAGGCAGCAUGUAAUUUCUCCACUAAACCACUAAACCACUGUUUCAUACCUGUAUGUUGUUGCCUGAAAAAUAUGCAAACUGACAGGUGUUUUUAACAGUUCCACGUAUAGCAUAGCAUAGCAAUCCUACAAUAACAGCUGUCAUUGCAUGCAGCAAUGUUUUCAUGCAGUUACUGUAUGCAAGAGCAUAUGAAGUAAGAACUUCUUUUUCAAGAGUGGAGGACAUUAAAUAACCUGCCACAAUAAAUGUUAAUCAAUCAGUGUUAAGAUGUCUCUCAUUGAUCAUUAGCAUAAAGUUAAAUUCACCUCUGAACACAUUAAAGUAUAAGGAUUAAAGGGUUUUUGAUGAGGGUGUUGGCUGUAGGUGUUGGUUCCCUGCAGAGAAUAUGAUUGUCCAACUUCAUCUCUCUCAAGACUUGUCAAAAUUUUGUGGAUUUUUUUUGCACCAUUAAGGAUAUGAGGUUAUGGAUAAAAUGAUCCAUCCUUCAGAUGAAACAUUAAACCGUGUUCUGGAGUCAUUACAAUUCCAUGGAAUCAGGAUGUUAUCCCUGGUGUCUUGGGUAAUCUGGUCUACCUAAAGAUCUCUGUUAAUUAAAUUGGUGAAACAAUUCCUUGCUUUUGUACCUAAUCUAGGUUGAUGAGUGUCACCCAGGUGGAGUAUGUAAUUCAGUGGUGGGUGAAUUGUGUCCUUUCCUUAUAUAGAUAAAGUGCUCUGGAGUUUGUUGACUUAAUAGUUAACUAAUGCAUUUAAUACUUGAAUGAUGGAUUGAUCUACUUUAUCUGAUUGCUAAAUUAAGCAAAGUGGUGCAUUUCUGACAUGUAGUCACACUGUAAUCAUGGUGCAACACUAGGAGAUUCAAUUAACAUUUUUUAAUGCUAGAGAAAGAUACUUUUAGAAUAUUAUUUUCCACCACUCCCAUGUAGAUUUUAACAUAGCAUGUCAUGUCAACAUCUGAUGCCAUUUGGAAAGAUUAUGGUUAAUGAUCCCAGAAGAUCAUAACCCUGGUUUUAAGCAUCUUUCCUAGUUCAACAAUAGACUGGCUUUAGUUUUCUUGGAAAACUAUAUACAAUAGAAACAGUACUUUUGCUUUUUAAAUUAUAUUGAUAAUAGCAUCAUUAACUAUUCCAUUUUUCCCAUGCUCAGAUCAAUUAUAUUUUAUUUUACCUUUAGCGAUUAUAUCUCAGUAGUUGAUGGAUUCUUGAAGAUAAGGUUGUGCUAGAAGAGCAGAUUUCUAGUAACGCAAAUAUACAUCUGCAUCGUAGGAGAGUCUCAGAAUUUAUAUAUCAUUGUGAAGUUGCAGUUUUCUUUUGCUCAUACAUGACUGAGAAUGGAAGGAUGUUGGAUUUGUUACGCCGGGCCCAACAAGGUGUUGAAACUCAGUCUCGGUGAAAAGUAGAAUCAAUGAGCCAAGAUAUGCAGCAAUCAAAAUAAUUUAUUCUUUGGCAGCACCGAAGAGAACAAACAGAGCUGAGACUGAGGAAACAGCUGAGGCAGUAGCUGUGUAGCUGAAGCAGGCAGAGCAGAGGGCUGAGGUCUGAGGUGAUGAAGAGCUGAUUAGUGGCAAUGACAGAGGAACUGGAAACUGAGGAUUAAGAAACAUUGAGAAAUACUUCUGGUUCCUCAGGGCUUAAAUACUGUGCGAGGUUCCCUAAUUGGCCUGAUAGGCCCGGCCUGAUCUCAUUGAGGAUGGCCCCAAUGAGUCUCUAGCAUAUGUGGAAUGCUCAUUGGUUAUUGAUGGAGCUAAUGUGGUGGAGGUCGGGGCGUAACAGGAUUAAAACAUUAAUUAUACUGUGUUUGUUUUCUAAAACAUGUACUGUAGCAAGGAAUCAUUUAAGACACUUAAAUCUGAUGGUACUGUACUGUAGAAGUCCACGUAAAUAUUCAAAUUCCCUUGACCUUAACAGUACAGUGACAUUUUUUGUGAUUAUAUAAAGUUAAUAAUUAAUUAAAACAACUUUGAUCACAGCACUUUAUUGAAUCAGUGGGCUGCAUUCCUCAAAGGGACAUUUUUCAAUUACAUGUAGUUAACUUGCUUUAGUAGAAGUCCUGAAAUUUAAAUGCAUUUCAAUGUCAAGCUACAGUAUAGAAGACUCCAACCCUUAAUUAAUUAAUUAAAAGGUAGCAAACUUUGAAUGUAAGGUAUCUAGUAAUUGUUUCUCUGAAAACUUGGAAGAAUUUCAGAAUAUGUCUAAUUGAACAAAAAAUUAACAUGGCUAACAACUAAUCUGGUUAUAAAAAUACCCUUAAGGACUGGAAUUUAGCAGACCUUCAGGAUAUUUUCUGCAGUGUACUCAGCACUGAAAAUACAACAUUUCACAAAAAUAACUGCUAGUUCUAAAUCCAUGAAAGUGAAUAAUGUACUUUUGUAAUGUGUCUUUGUUCUGCUAAGAGGUGUAAUACAAGUACAGUAUCUUACCAAUACAGCACAUUACAUCUGUUGAGGUUUACCAUGUACUGUUUAUUAAAGUCUCCAUGCAGAGUUACAGAAACAGAAGAAUUGUUCUCAAACUGCUAAGCUUUUUUAAUUGGAAAGUUUUUUUUGUUGUUUUAGAAAGAAUAUUGUAAUGACAAAACUGAGCACACUUUCUGAAACAAACUGCAGGUUUGUAUUACUUUUAAAGGUAGUCGUUGUUUUUUUUUCUCUCAAGGCCCUACAAUAAAUAGAUAAGUUACUGUAUAUGAGAUUAAUUUGCUUAAAAAAUUCAGCACUGUUCAUUCUUCACCACGUCUGAAAUUAGCUUUUCUUUUGCUCUUUGUAAUUUGUUCCUCUGGAAUAACUUUUUCAGAUAACACACCACAGUAGACUUCUAAAAAGGUGGCACUGCAUUUUUAACAACUUAAGAGACAAACAGUAUACAGUACCAUGUAUAAAGCAUGGUUCAGUAACUUAGUUGGGUGCCCUCUCAUUCUCUCGUCCCUGUUUUUAAUCUGUAAUAUUGUUAUAAAGUCUUUAAUGCACAAUAACAUAAAUGGCCAUAUUUGCAGAUGUCUUAUUUGUUAAUUUUAUAUUUUUUACUUUGUAAAGAAAACAAAAUGUAAUAUAAUGCCAUCUAUAGUACUGUGGCUGUGUUUAUUUGCAUUUAAAAGUGUAUAAGUUGAUAGUCUUCAGUGCAGCUAAAUCAGUAGCUAUUUAGAAACAACGUGUAGUGAGUUCUGAAUGUUCUUCCUUCUGGAGUAAAAAUGGAAUGUUGAUGUUUUUGGCUGACUUUCUGAUUUCAAUGUAACUGUUCCAUUUUGUCUGUCUGAAUAAAUUUUAGUCUGUCCAUUA